AGGCCUUGUGGGCGCUGGAGGCGGGACUCAGGAAGGAGGAGGAGGAGGAGGAAGAGGAGGGCUGAGGAAGGCGAGGCGCCUGCCGGGCUGCGCGCUGCUGCUGCUGGACCGGGGAGCCGGUGCCGGCGGCCAAUGCGCAAUUGGCUGGUGCUUCUGUGCCCGUGCGCCGUCGGGGUGGUCCUCCACCUCUGGCUGCUCCUCCUCAGCUGCCCGGCCGGCGGACCCGGGAAGAAGCAGCAGCACCACCACAAGCAGCCCCAGAGGCAGGCGGCAGGUCUACUGGCUUUCUUUCCUCACUGGAAACCGAAACAUUAUGAUGUCAUUGUUGGGGUGCUGUCGGCACGACAUAAUGAGGGGCUGCGGAACGCUAUAAGGAACACUUGGUUCAGGCAUUUGAAGCAACACCCAGGACUUAGCCAACGUGUCCUUGUGAAGUUUAUAAUUGGUGCACAUGGAUGUGAUGUGCCAGUGGAAGAUAGAGAAGAUCCAUAUUCUUGCAGACUUCUGAACAUCACUAAUCCAGUUCUGAAUCAAGAAAUUGAAGCAUUCACUUUGCCAGAGGAUGAUACUUCCAUGCUGUCAGAAGACAGAGUUGUCAGUGUGCAUUUCAAAAUCCUCUAUCCAAUCGUCAUCAGAAGUCUUGGGGUAUUUUAUGAUGCUAAAGGUUUAGGAUUCCAGAGAAACAUCACAGUAAAACUGUACCAAGCGGAACAGGAGGAAGCGCUUUUUAGUGCUCGUUUUAGUCCACCUAGCUGUGGAGUGCAAGUGAACAGACUUUGGUACAAACCUGUGGAACAGUUCAUUCUACCUGAGAGUUUUGAAGGUACGAUUGUAUGGGAGAGUCAGGAUCUACAAGGCCUUGUUUCUAGAAAUCUUCAUAAAGUGAUGGUGAAUGAUGGUGGAGGUGUCUUCAGAAUCAUUACGGCAGGGGAAGGAUCUUUGCCUCAUGAAUUUACACAAGGUGUGGAAGGAAUCGCAGGAGGCUUUAUUUAUACAAUUCAAGAAGGAGAGGUGCUUUUGCAAAGCCUGCAGAGUCGUCCAGAGAGAUUUGUACAAUAUAUAAACAAACUUGAAGAGGAAGAUGCCUUACUUAAGGAAGAAAGCAACACUUACGAUGAUAUUGUUUUUGUUGAUGUUGUUGAUACCUACAGAAAUGUUCCAGCCAAAUUACUGAAUUUUUAUCGAUGGACAGUGGAAGCAGCAAGUUUUGAUGUACUACUGAAAACAGAUGAUGACUGCUACAUUGAUUUGGAAGCAGUAUUCAACAGAAUAAAGCUUAAAAACUUGGGCAGACCAAAUACUUGGUGGGGAAAUUUCAGACUAAAUUGGGCAGUUGACCGGACUGGGAAAUGGCAAGAGCUGGAGUAUCCAAGUCCCGCCUAUCCGGCCUUUGCGUGUGGGUCUGGUUAUGUUAUUUCCAAAGACAUUGUAGAAUGGCUUGCAAGCAACUCAGAUAGACUAAAGAUAUAUCAGGGUGAAGAUGUGAGUAUGGGUAUUUGGAUGGCAGCCAUUGGGCCAAAACGGUAUCAGGACAAUCUCUGGUUGUGUGAGAAGACAUGUGAGAGUGGCAUGCUAUCAUCUCCUCAGUAUUCCCCAGAAGAACUUACAGAACUCUGGAUAAUAAAGGAGCGUUGUGGAGAUCCUUGCACAUGUGAAGAAAGGUGAAGGCUUGUCGGUUCCCCCUCACAAAAACCAAACAUUAUGGGUAACUGGAGCUUUCGGUUGCACAUUUGAAGAGAAGGGAAUGCCUCAAAAACAGCUUUUUACAAAAGAAAUUCUACAUUUCCCCUUGCAGUUUGUGGGACAAGUGUAUACACUAGUGAUUGUGUAUGCUCCAAACCCUCUGUUAUGUGCCAUGAGAGGAACACUUCACUACGAGUGGUAAACUACACAUGAGACUGUAACAGUCUUCACAGAAGACUUUCAUGUAGGUGAUUUGUCUUGUGGGAAAUGGCCCCUUAGAGCAGUGUUUUGCACAUUCCUCCCUCCCCCCUAUUUUUAGUAAAAGGCAUACUUUCCAUUCUGAAUGCAUUCUGCAGUAGUUUUACAAA